AUGGCGCCGCGAAAUGAUCACGCUGGUGGCGGCGAUGAUCGAGAGCCAGAAAGAGGGCAUGCGACGUUGGCGACGUUGAGAAUCGGCGUCAAGGUCUGGGUUGAGAAGGACAGCGAGGAACGGAAAGCAGAAAUCCUUUCCAUGCAAACUCGCCGGGGCAAGCCAACAUUCUACGUCCACUACGAGGAGUUCAACAAGCGUCUGGAUGAAUGGGUCGCCGCUGAGCGACUGAACCUCUCCAAGGAAGUGGAAUGGCCUCUGCCCGAAAAGCCAGACACGAAGAACAAGCAGAAGACGAACCAGCAAUCCAAAAACCUGCAAGUUCCGGACACAGGCAGAUCCCAGAAACGACCACGAACAGUAUCAGACAGCCGCGAUGCCUCCGCUACCCCCAUGGACAUGUCCCAACUAUCCAGCCGCCGCCCCUCCCUCACUGGCGGCAAAGAGAAUCGCGACCCAGCCCUUGCCACCAUAACUCGCGACGACUCCACGGGCACCCCUCAACCCGAAGACGAAUCCCUCGUCGACCUGGUCGACACCCAAGAAGCCGCGGCAGCCGCCAAAGCCGCACCUCCCCACGUCCCCUACUCCCGCGAAGAAGAGAUCGAAAAGCUCCGCACGGGCGGCAGCAUGACGCAAAACCAGACCGAAAUCUCCCGGGUGCGCAACCUCGAGCGCAUCCAAAUGGGCACCUACGAAGUCGAGCCGUGGUACUUCUCCCCCUACCCCGCCGAAUUCGCCGACAGCGAGCUCGUCUACAUCUGCGAAUUCUGCCUCUCCUACUUCGGCAACAGCACGCAGUUCGGGCGGCACCGCAAAAAGUGCACCCUGCUGCACCCGCCGGGCAACGAAAUCUACCGCGACGACAGCGUCAGCUUCUUCGAAAUCGACGGCCGGCGGCAGAGGACAUGGUGUCGCAACCUCUGCCUGCUGUCCAAACUCUUCCUCGACCAUAAAACGCUGUACUACGACGUCGACCCCUUCCUCUUCUACUGCAUGACCGAGCGCACCGCCCACGGACACCACCUCAUCGGCUACUUCUCCAAAGAAAAAGAAUGCGCCGAAGGCUACAACGUCGCUUGUAUCCUCACCCUCCCGCAAUACCAGCGCAAGGGGUUCGGCAAACUGCUCAUCCAGUUCUCCUACGAACUCUCCAAAAUCGAAAACAAACUCGGCUCCCCGGAGAAACCCCUCUCAGAUCUCGGACUGCUCGGCUACCGCGCCUACUGGCAAGAAGUCAUAGUCGACCUGCUCAUCGAGCGUGAAAAUGAGGGGACCCCGAUGAUGUCGGUAGAAGAGCUCGGCCAGGCGCUGGCGAUGACGACGAACGAUGUGCUGCACACGCUGCAGAAUUUGAACAUGCUGCGGUAUAGUAACAAGAACCAUGUGAUUGUGUUGACGGACGGGGUGGUGGCGCAGCGGGAGAAGCAGAAGGAGAAGGAGCGGGUGAAGGGGAGGCGGGUCAUUGAGGCCGAGAGGCUGCAGUGGCGGCCGCCGGUUUUUACGGCCGCGGCUAGGACGUGGAAUUGGUAG